CUGCGGCGGCGCGCGCACCCUCGCGGCUCGCCCGCCCGGGCCGGCCGUGCACUUGUCUUCGCGCUCGGGCCGGGCGCGGGGCUCCGCGGCGGCGGCCGUCUCGUCUCGGCCGGUCUGCCAGCUCGUGGGAGCACAGAUCCACUCUAAAGACCACUGCGAUCUGAGCUGUCAGCAGCCGGCCUCCUGGGGCCCUGCCCCCCCUGCACCCCGUGUCUGUCCUCACAGGCCGAGGGGGAAGCCAGGUGGCCACAGCCACUGCCAGCCAUGUGGUAGCCCAGUGGGACCAAAGGGGACAGGCCCUUUGUUGGUGGCUCAUCAGGGAGACCCCUGCACCCCAGGGCGAACCUGCCGGCAGAUUCCUUCUCCAUCCCGAGGGGCUCAGAAGUGUGUACUGAGGGCCAGCUCUGUGCCAGGCAUUGUUCUAGGUGAGCGCAGGAGCCCAGCCGCUGAGCCAUGCCGGGCCCCAGGCAGCCUGUCGCGAGCCCAACCCCGGCGCCCACAUAGUCAUGAACAGCCACAGCCACAACGGCUGCGGGGGGCGGCCGCUGGGCACCGGGCUGGGUGUCCUGGGCCGAGACCCUCCGGACCCUGAGGCUGGCCGUCCCCCGCCGCCCGCGCAUGGCCCGGGCCUCCAGGUGGUGGUGGCCAGGAGCGAGCCGGCCCAGCCCUCACCCGGCAGCCCCCAGGGGCAGCCCCAGGAGCAGGAGGAGGAGGAGGACGAUGAAGAGGACGAGGCGGGCAGGCGGAGGGCCUCCAGGAAGCCCCUGAGUGCGGGCCACCGCCUGGGCCACCGCCGGGCGCUGUUCGAGAAGCGGAAGCGGCUCAGUGACUACGCCCUCAUCUUUGGCAUGUUCGGCAUCGUUGUCAUGGUGACCGAGACGGAGCUGUCCUGGGGGGUCUACACCAAGGAGUCCCUGUACUCAUUUGCACUCAAAUGCCUCAUCAGCCUCUCCACGGCCGUCCUGCUGGGCCUGGUCGUCCUCUACCACGCCCGCGAGAUCCAGCUGUUCAUGGUGGACAACGGGGCGGACGACUGGCGCAUCGCCAUGACGUGCGAGCGCGUCUUCCUCAUCUCCUUGGAGCUGGCCGUGUGCGCCAUCCACCCGGUGCCUGGCCACUACCGCUUCACGUGGACGGCGCGGCUGGCCUUCACGUACGCGCCGGCGGCGGCCGAGGCCGACGUGGACGUGCUGCUGUCGGUGCCCAUGUUCCUGCGCCUCUACCUGCUGGGCCGCGUGAUGCUCCUGCACAGCAAGAUCUUCACGGACGCCUCCAGCCGCAGCAUCGGCGCCCUCAACAAGAUCACCUUCAACACGCGCUUCGUCAUGAAGACGCUCAUGACCAUCUGCCCGGGCACCGUGCUGCUCGUCUUCAGCAUCUCCUCCUGGAUCAUCGCCGCCUGGACUGUGCGGGUCUGUGAGAGGGAAAACAUGUACCACGACAAGCAGGAAGUGACCAGCAACUUCCUGGGGGCCAUGUGGCUCAUUUCCAUCACCUUCCUCUCCAUUGGCUACGGCGACAUGGUGCCCCACACCUACUGCGGGAAGGGCGUGUGCCUGCUCACCGGCAUCAUGGGGGCCGGCUGCACGGCACUUGUGGUGGCCGUGGUGGCCCGGAAGCUGGAGCUCACCAAGGCGGAGAAGCACGUGCACAAUUUCAUGAUGGACACUCAGCUCACCAAGCGGGUAAAAAACGCCGCUGCUAACGUUCUCAGGGAGACGUGGCUUAUCUACAAACACACCAGGUUGGUGAAGAAGCCAGACCACGCCCGGGUUCGGAAACACCAGCGUAAGUUCCUCCAAGCCAUCCAUCAAGCUCAGAAGCUCCGGAGUGUGAAGAUCGAACAGGGGAAGCUCAACACCCAGGCCAACACGCUCGCUGACCUGGCCAAGACCCAGAAUGUCAUGUGCGACCUCAUGUCCGAGCUGCAUGCCCAGCACGAGGAGCUCGAGGCCCGCCUGGCUGCCCUCGAGAGCCGCCUGGACGCCCUGGGCACCUCCCUGCAGGCCCUGCCCGGCCUCAUCGCCCAAGCCAUACGCCCGCCUCCACCACCCCUGCCUCCCCGGCCCGGGCCCGGCACCCCCGACCACGUGGCCCAGAGCCCCCCACGCAGGGAGCCACCCAUGGCCCCUUCGGACUGCGGGUGACGGUCCUGCCUGCCACCAGACCCUUCAGUCUUGGCCAUCGUGUGGCCACCCCCUCAAGGAAGCCCUAUACAGUGGCACCUCUUGGAGUUCAAGGAACCGAAGCGGAGUUGGGCUGAGCGUCCUGGGGCCCGCCCCACCCCACCGUCGAGGCAGAGGGCAGGGGCCAGCUGCCACCCGCUUCCUCUGACUGCAGCUGGGGACCCUGGAGCGCCCUCUGGGCCCCAGGCCCCCGAAUCUCUCCAGGCCCCCCGUAGGCAUGGAGCAGCCGGGAGAGGGCUCCUUGCCGGUUCUGAAUAAAGCAGGCCCCCCGGUUGCUGCCUGUCGUGCGUGGCGGGAGGACACUCGUGGUCACCACAUGCAGGUGGACACCCUGCCCGAGGUCCCAGAAGGGAUGCGGGGGUCAAGGAGAGCCCGUCCCCAUCACCCUCCUAGCCUGGCUGUCUCCCUGGCCUGAGCGCAGUCAGGGACGCCUCCCUGAGGACAUCGGUGCCAGUGCCACUUGGCACCAGUAGAGGGAGCCUGCGGGGAGCGAGCACGGCCCAGGCGGCAGAUGAGCGCCUGUCCUCCCCUUGGACCAGUUGGCUUCGCUGGGGUGCAGUCCAGUGGGGGGGCCACGCGAGUGAGGAGGGUCAUUCAGUCUUUUCUGGACAUGCAUUGAGCACCUGCUGUAUACAGGGAAUGUAAUGUAAUUACCUCACUGAUGAUUCACCAGCACCUGGGCACGGUUGAAUGGGGAAACUGAGGCUCAGAGAAGUGAAGCCACCUGCCUGGGGCUACCGAGCGAGGAGGGGUGAGGCAGGAGUCAGACUCGAGGGCCCACAGGACUUGGUGGAGGGCAGCCCAUGGGGGCCAUGGGCAGGGGAGGGUGUGGUGUGACCCUGCGUCAGAGAGGCCCCUCCCGAGUGGUCUAGAGGGAAGGUCCCCAGCACAAGCAGAAUCAGAAAGGUCCCUCCAGGCCUUGGGCUUGGGGUGCCGGGGUCAAGCAGGGGCAGCAGGCACUGGGCAGGUGCUGGACCCUGGGCUCCUGGGGAGGCUAGUAUGGGCCCUCUGACACGGCCACAGCCACGGCCACCUGGCUCAGGGUGAUAGGUUGGGCGCAGAGAGAGAAGCGUUUGGGGAGGUGUGGUGGGCUGCCGUCAGACAUGGGUUCAAGUCCUGACUGCCACCACUGGGUGCCCCUGGGCAGUAGUUGCUGCUCUGGGGGCCUCAGUUUCUUCAUAUGUAAGAUCUCAUGAGAACAGGACACAGUGUCCACCCUCGGGAGCACCCAGUGUGACGGAGGAGGCACAGUAAAUACAGCAACCAGAGCAGUAAAGAAAUAAAUGAGGCCAGAGCAUGA